AUGGAGAGUGAUAGAGAUCGGCAAAGGGUGUUGGAGGAAACAACUCGAACCGAGUCCAGAUCUGGAGAGAUUAGUAGUGAGGGCAAGCAAGGCAGGUUCUUAAACUCGGAGAACAUUAGAUUCGAUAGAAAUGAUCUGGUGGAUCCCGUGGAGGGUCUGGAGGAUCAGGCAGGUCCGACGGAUGCGAAAUCUCCCACGGUUCUGGAGGAAGCAGAUUUGGUGGCUCCGGCAGAGGGGAGAGGGAUAAUGAAGUCAGGAGCAGCCGAUCGGUUUGUUGUGCUCUCUGGGCAGUCCGAUCUAGAGACUCACCGAGAAUCUGGGCAGUCCAGUCUAGAAGAUGACUACAAAGGGAAGAGGAGUCAGCCUCGAAUAUCCUCAAAUUGA